AUGUCAAUGAGGAGUAUCCCCCCUCACCCCCGCAUCGUGGCCGUCCACGGCUCCAUAGUGCAACGCCGCGCCGGAGGAGCGUUAGGCGUCCUGCUCAUUUCCGAACGGAAAGAAAGGGACCUACACGCCGCGGUACGAGCUGGUCUACAUUAUGCUGAGAGGAUGAGAAUAGCCUGUGACAUCGUUGAAGAGUUAGGCGUCCUGCUCAUUUCCGAACGGAAAGAAAGGGACCUACACGCCGCGGUACGGGCAGGUCUACAUUAUGCUGAGAGGAUGAGGAUAUCCUGUGACAUUGUUGAAGGAAUCCGCUAUCUCCACUCCCUCGGCCUUGUACACCGUGAUAUCAAGAUGAAGAAUGUUCUCCUCGAUUCUAACAACAGAGCGGCGCUUUCAGACUUGGGGUUCUGCGCAGCCGAGGCGCUCAUGUCUGGAUCUGUUGUUGGGACCCCGGUUCACAUGGCUCCAGAAUUACUCGCCGGCGAUUACGACGCUGCAGUAGACGUGUACGCCUUCGGCAUUCUGUUCUGGUACCUCUGCGCCGGCAACGUGAGGCUACCGGCAGCUUUCGAGGACUUUCAGAACAAGGAGCAGCUCUGGACCAAGGUCAAGAGAGGUGAGGAAAAACUGCUCAUCAACAGGUCCAUGUGGCACCAGAGUUAGGUGACGACGACGCAGCAGUAGACGUGUUCUGGUAUCUCUGCGCCGACAACGUGAGGCUACCGGCAGCUUUCGAGGACUUUCAGAACAAGGAGCAGCUCUGGACCAAGGUUAAGAGAGGUGAGGACAACCAACAGC